GGGGGGGGGCAGUCACGCUCCGUGACGCGCGCGUGCAGGGCGGGGCACCCUAUAAAAGGCCGCGUCCCCUUGCCCCUGGUGCCACUCUCUAGGCUGACGUAGGUUUGUGGUCGCUCUUUUCGAGAGAGACGCCGUCGCCUUUGCAACGAGAAAAUAACAAAGCAGACAAAACCAUAUCAUACAAAACAAUACAAAAACCCAUACAGAAAUAUACCAAAAAAAAAAACCAACAAACAAAAAAAACCAACAAAGACAAAAGGGGGGGAAGGACACGUUUUCUUCCCCCCCUUUCCCGGUGCUGUGGAAGAGCCGUCAGCGCAGCCUCCGUCCUUUGGACUGUCCUUGGAAGCCGUUCCAAACUCGAAGGAAACUGCCACUCUCAAAACAUAUUCUCCCUCUUCUUUGUCCCCAGAAAACAAAGGCAGAAAUCCCUUUUUUUUUUUAAACAAAAAAAAAAGCAGCUUUUUAAAUCCUUUUUUUUUUUCCAUCAUUUAGCUCGAAAAAAACUCACCCUUUUAGGGCAAAAAAAAAAAAAAACCAACAAAACAAACCACUUAGAAAACCCCAUCAAGCUGCAAACAAAAAACCCAAAAAAAAGUGCUGCGUUUUUUUAAACCCAUGACCAAAACCAAUUGUUUUUUCGCUCUGACACCACCACCAAUACCAAAAUCCAAACCUUGAAGUGCUGUCGGCGAGAAAAAUUGUUGGAUAAAGGGUAUUUCUGCCAUGGGCUCCGGCCCGAUUGACCCCAAAGAGCUCCUGAAGGGCUUGGAUUGCUUCCUUGGCCACGAUGGCGAGGUCAAGAACAUGGACAGCAUCUCCAAAAUCUUCAACUUGAUGAAGGAUGCGCAGAAGCUUGUGAGUCGCUGCAUCUACCUGAACAUCCUGAUGCAAACACGGUCGCAGGACAUCCUGGCCAAGUUUAUCCGGAUAGGAGGCUACAAGCUGCUCAACACCUGGCUGACGGCUGCCAAAGCCUCCAACAACGUCGCCUUCCUGCAGCAGAUCCUCCUUACCCUGCAGCACUUGCCACUCACCGUGGAUCACCUCAAACAGAACAACACAGCCAAGCUGGUGAAACAGCUCAGCAAAUCGCGUGACAAUGAAGAGCUGCGCCAACUUGCUGCCAUCCUCGUCAGUGACUGGAUGGGUGUCAUCCGUUCCCAGAGCAGCGUCCAGCCCGCUGAACGUGACAGAAAGAGACGAAAAGAGGAAACCAAAAGCAAAACGGUUGUCCAAGAGAAACCCCAAGAAACCAAAGCUGAGGCUAAAGCCGAGGAGGUGCCAGAGAAGAAGCGGGAGAAACCCAAAUCUCUGCGCACCACGGCGCCCAGCCAUGCCAAGUUCCGCUCCACUGGUCUGGAGAUGGAGACACCUUCGUCAGCGCCUGCAAAGAAAAUGAGCUCUGCUUCGGGCGCUGAUAAAUACGGCCUGAAACCAAUGCCCGUCAAGAGGCAAAACGUCUCGGUGUUGUCUGGAGAGGCUGCUCCAGCCGAGAAGAAAUAUAAACCGCUCAACACGGCGCCCAAUGCCGCCAAGGAGAUCAAAGUGAAGAUCAUUCCCCCUCAGCCCAUGGAAGGCCUCGGCUUCCUGGACGCCCUCAACUCUGCUCCCGUCCCCGGCAUCAAAAUCAAGAAGAAGAAGAAGGUACUGUCCCCAACAGCCACCAAGCCCAGUCCCUUCGAGGGGAAGCCGCCCACCGAAGCCACUUCGGCCAAACCCUCCUCCCCGGAGCCCAGCGCUGCGGUGGAGGUGAUGGAGACGGAGCGUCCUGGCACGCCGGUGCCAGCCGUGGAGGUGCCAGAGCCGAUGGAGUUUUGCUUGGCCGAGAACAGCAUGGACGUCAGAUCCAUGGAAAACCCAUUGGAGAGCGGGCCGAUGGCCAAGAAAGCCCGGAAGAAGAAGACAGUGAGCUGGCCCGAGGAAGGGAAGCUCCGCGAAUACUUCUACUUCGAACUGGAUGAGACAGAACGAGUGAACGUCAACAAGAUCAAGGAUUUUGGCGAAGCGGCCAAGCGGGAGAUGCUGAAGGACCGGGAGGCGUUUGAGACAGCGCGGCGCCUCAGCCACGACGCCAUGGAGGAGAAGGUGCCGUGGGUUUAUCCCCGGCUCCUCGAUCUCCCCGCACCCCUCGUCGUGCCGGGCAGCGGCAGCCGUGAGCGCUUCACGCAGGCCGAGCGUGAGAAGGGGAUCCUACAGGAGAUCUUCCUGUCCAAGGAAAGCGUUCCUGACAGCCCGCACGAGCCCGAUCUAGAAUCGUGCGAGCCGCUGCCCCCCAAGUUGAUCCCCCUGGAUGAGGACUGCUCAGCUGAGGAGGCGGUGUAUCCCAACACCAUGGAUACCAGCGCCGCCUCCCCCGCUGCCGACGCCAGCGCUGGGGCCAAGCUGCCACCCAUUCUGGCCAACCUCAUGGGCAGCGUCGGGGCCGGGAAGAGCCCCCAGGGCCCCGCGCCCGCCGCCAACAUCAACGUCCAGGAGAUCCUCACCUCCAUCAUGGGUGGGCCGAGCCCCCACAGUGCCGAGGACCUCCUGAAACAGGAGUAUUCCGACAAAAUCAAGCACCUGCUGGGGAACCUGCAGGCACAGCCGCAGCCCACAGGACCCGGUGGAGUGCCCCACGGCUUGCUGGGCCCCGGCCCCAUGGCCAACGGCUUCCCGCCCGGCCCAAAGGGCAUGCAGCACUUCCCGCCGGGGGGACCCCUGCCCGGACCCCAUGGCAGCGGCGGCGGUGGGGGGCCCAGUCUCCCACCAGGCCCGGGGAUGCCGGGUGGUCCCCGUCUUUUGGGGCCACCCCCCCCGCAACGUGGAGGCAACGAGUUUUGGGACGCGCCAGACGGGGGGGGGUCGCUUCGAGGUGGCCCCCACGGCAGUGGGAUGCGCGGGGGGGGCCCCUUUCACCGCCCCCGCGGCCGUAGCAGUGCCGAACCCCCAUACCGGUGCCGUGGCGGAGGGGGGGGGGCGCAACGGGGGCCCCCCAAAUGGCGGCGCAAGGGGAGGGCCCCCCAUAAGCCACAGUGAUCGUGGCAGAGGCCACCCCGGCGAGCACCCCCGCGGCCACGGCGGGGGCCACGGAGGAGAGCUGCCGAGCCGCCCCGUCUGUCGGCACUUCAUGAUGAAGGGCAGGUGCCGGUAUGGAAGCAGCUGCAGGUUUCUCCAUCCUGGUUUCCGCGGGCACCAGCAGAUGUAGCCCCCCCCCAGCUGGCACUGACGGUUC